AUCUCCAUCGUGUCCACCCAACCGCGUAGCGUUGCAACUUGCGCAGACCCCUAUUCAUAGCAAAUUCCCAAUACCUAACUCCUCUCACUGUCUCACAUCUUCAAAAUUAUCGAGAAUUAGGGUUUUCUCUGCUCCGAUCGAUUGUGAACAUGGGAGGAGGCAACGCUCAGAAAUCGAAGACUGCUCGUGAGAGAAACUUGGAGAAGAAUAAGGCUUCUAAAGGAAGCCAACUAGAUACUAAUAAAAAAGCCAUGAGUAUCCAGUGCAAGGUAUGCAUGCAGACAUUUAUGUGUACAACUACAGAGGUGAAAUGCCGAGAGCAUGCUGAAGCUAAACAUCCAAAACAUGACAUCACUGCAUGUUUUCCUCACAUCCAGAAAUGAUCUACUUAUUCUGAUGGUUGUAUGUAUGCAUUCUAAGAAGAUAAGAAGUUGAUCAGUUUUCAUGUCAGGUUAUCUGAUGUAUAUCAAAUGAUAAUGUCUUAAAACUCUUUCAAUUACUGUGUUCAUGAAUGGUUGGGGUUACUCGAUGUGGAACUUUGUUCUUCAAUUGAUAAUAUGCAAACUUGUUAUGUGUGAA